AUGGGCUACACCCUGAGGGUGUACUGUAUCCGUGCCCUAGGCCUGAGGGCUAAGGAUAUAACGGGAAAGUCAGACCCCUAUCUUGUACUGACACUGAAUGAUAAAGUUAUCAGUGACAAGGAUCAUUAUGUUCCGAGACAAGUGAAUCCAGUAUUUGGCAGGUGCUUUGAAUUUAUGGCUGCAUUUCCUUUUGACCAUAUCCUGAAAAUUGCGUUGUAUGAUUAUGAUAAGGUCACCAGUGAUGAUUUGGUAGGAGAAACAAAAAUUGAUAUUGAAGGUCGCUACUAUACCAAACAUGGAGCAGCAUGCGGUUUACCCGAAAGAUAUGAGGAGUAA